AUGUUCAAUGUGUGCAACUGUUGUGUUUCAGGAGUGGGUGUGCUGGCCAUGAUCAUAGUGGCAGUAUUUCUGGAUAACAUAGACAGAGAUCAGGCCCGGGAGUUCAGGGACAACAGGGAACCAUUCUGGAGCACCUUCCUGGCCACAUUCACACUCCUGAAGGACAAGAGACUCGUCAUUCUCAUCCCUUUGACCAUGUACAGUGGCUUUGAACAGAGUUUCCUCUCCGGUGAAUACACAAAGAACUAUGUGACCUGUGCAUUAGGAAUCCAUUAUGUUGGAUAUGCGAUGAUAUGUUUUGGAGCCGCAAAUUCGUUAUGUUCCUUUAUGUUUGGGAGGUUGGCAGAAUACACUGGAAGAGCCCCACUGUUUUGCGUGGCUGCAGUGACCAACUUUUCCUGUAUCCUGGCUCUGUUAUUCUGGAGGCCUCACCCAGACCAGCUGCCAGUGUUCUUUGUGUUUCCUGCCCUCUGGGGCCUGGCAGAUGCUGUGUGGCAGACACAAACCAACUCACUGUACGGGGUUCUCUUCCCCAGACAAAAAGAGGCAGCAUUCGCUAACUACCGUAUGUGGGAAUCCCUGGGAUUCGUUAUAGCCUUCGCCUACAGUACCUUCAUCUGUUUGGACAUCAAGCUCUACAUCCUCCUGGGAGUUCUGAUCCUCUCCAUGGUAACCUAUUUGUGGGUGGAGUUCCAAGAACGCAAGAAUCCUACUCUUCCAGUGGAGGAGGGAAUAUACGAUACAGACUUCUCAGCAAAGGGAGAUCACAUCCUCAAUCAGACCAGCUUGUAGACAAGACGUGGAUUUGUUAUGUACAGUAUGUGAGGGAAUGACACCUAGUGAGAGAGAUCUGGAGAUCACCAUUCUGCCACUGUCAUAUGCCAACCCCAAUGGGAGACUUUUCUAGUAUGACAAAAUGAGAGGUUUUGUGGAUCUCUAUAAAUGUAUUAUUCUCACAACAUCUUGACCCUGAAUUAUGUGUAUUCAUUUUCUCUGGUUGCACUUUUUAUGCAGAAUCCCUGUACAAUUCAGAUUUUUAAAAUUGAUUUUUAUUUUUAUGUCUUGGCUGCUAUGUUGAAUUCAAAUUACAUCGUGUUAUGCUAAACUUUAACUGAGAGUGGAAUACAGUACUGAGUCACUAAUGAAGCAGAUUACAAACUUGAAUCUACCAUGGAGUUAAAACUAUUUAAUAACCAGUUGUUCUGUAGUCCAAAGUCUUUGUGGCAACAAUACGAGUGGUAGAGCACAGCAGGGUCAUCACGAAUAAUGAAACUUCCCUUACAUAAUUGUUUUUGGCAUUACAAUGAGGCUACUCAGGGUGGCUCUGUGCUUCUUCAACCACAAGCAAAUGUUCAAUAAAAACAACUGAUUUACCUUUCA